CCCGCCAGUAGUAACCCCAAAAUUUCAAAAAAGAAAAAACACCCAAAUCUUCUUCAUCUCUCCAUUUUUCUCUCUCUUCUCUCUCUCUAUUUCCGCCAUUUUCAAUUCUACAUACAAUGUGUAGAACAGUAGAAUUUAUGCACAGUUCAUCACUUUUCUCCGGAAUCGGCUUCUUCCUCGCCGGAUUCACCCCUCAACAACACCUCCAGUAUGAGCUGAUGAUUAUAAGAGAAGGAGGAGUUAUUACCGACGAGUACGGUCCUGAUUGCACUCACGUCGUCGUCCACAACCUCGUCCUUGAUGAUCCUAUUUGUGUUACUGCUAGAAGGGAUAGGAAGACGGUUGUAACACGUUUGUGGGUUAAUGAUAGUUUAGAAUACAAAGAGCUGAUGGGCAUUGACAAUGGCUUGCAGAGGGAAGACAUAACGACGAUGGUGCAACUAAUGGGGUCCCAGCUUUCUAAACCAUUGGUGGCGAGAAGAGUUACUCACCUUAUAUGCUUCAAGUUUGAAGGGGAAAAGUAUGCGCUGGCUAAGGCAAUGAAUGUUACAAAAAUCGUCAAUCAUCAAUGGUUGGUUGAUUGUCUGGCGACUUGGAAAAUUCUUCCAGAGGAACCUUAUAGUACUAAAAGUGGCUAUGAAUGUUAUUUGAUGCUACCUGAGGCUAAUUUGCAAAAUUAGGGGUAAAUGCUUACAUGGCAAAGUCAAGGUACCAUAGCUAUCAACAAGUCAAACAAAUUGAUUAGUAAUGAUGGCAUCAGUUGUGUUACGUGUAUGACAGUCUCAUAGGUGAACAACUCAUCGACAAAAGAGUAAUUUUCUUUUUUUAAAAAAAGGAAAAACGAUACAUAAUCUCCUACCGAAGAAAAGACAUCCCCGAAAAUCAGAAUCUUGAAUAUAAGUCUGACUUAUUGGAAGUGAGAGUUGAUUAUAAGGGAAAUAUCACCUUCAAAGAGACCCCUAAUGGGGUUUGAGAUCGGUUAUGAGGCCAAACCUUUACCGCUAGGCCAAACUUUUGUAUUUCAUGAUAACAUUGAUUCAUAAUGCACUUGUAAAUUGUAAUCAAGAAUUCUUCAUUGUAUUUCAAUUUAAGUUAUUUUUAUCCGUUAUUAAAAUUUCUCCGGCAAUAUCAAUUCAUCUUUGAAUUCAUACUCGAA